GCUAUGUCAAAUAUGGCCAUUGAGUAUUCAAGCCUUGCCGAUCCCUUUGCGGUAAUGCAAAAUCCCUGUGACGAUAUACGCAAUGGACAAUUUCUGUGCAAAGAUUGCGCCACUCUAGCGUUCUGCUAUCAAGAAGACGGCAACUGGAACACAAUGCAGAUCGCCAGCUGUGAUACCGGUCGCGGUAUGUAUUGUGACGAAGAUGUACGUGGUUGUGUUUACAAGAAAGAAUGUGUCAGUCGUGGACCAAAGUUCGAGUGUCAAAAUGCGGGUAAAUUUCCCGAUCCAUACGAUUGUAAACAGUAUCAUGUGUGCAGUGCAAAUAAGGAAGACGAGCGAUUCAUAUGUCCAUCGGGUACAGCCUAUUCGCCAGCCACAAAAUCGUGUACACUUACUGCGAGCAAUGAGAUAUGUCGUAAGCCUCAGUACACAUGUGACAAUGUCUUAGAUAUGGGUGCAUGGCCUACGGAUCCAAAUAUCUACUAUAUUUGUUGGUACACAAACGUUGAUGGAGAGGUUGUCCGUUAUCCGAUGUUGUAUCGCUGUGAGGAUGGUUAUGAAUUUAUUGCAAAUACUUGUGUACCGAAAAGUUCGAGCGGACAAGUGCCCGGAUCAACUACACGGAAAGAAACCACUACAACAACGACAGUGGCUUCACCAUUGCUAGAGAACAAAAAAUGUCCAUCGGGAACUUAUUUCCAGGUUAAUACCCUUAUGUGUGUCGUUGGAAGUUGUUAA